AUGGCGAGCGACGGCGACGAGGCUCCCGCGGGGGUGGCCGGGAAGGUGACCUGCGCGGCGUGGAUACGGCGCCCGGGCGGCGGGCCGGCCGUGUCCAGCAGCCGCAGCCUCCUCGUGGUGUACGGCCGCGGCGCCACCGCCUCGUCCCCGCCGCUCCUCGACCUCCUCGCCUUCGACACCAGGCCGUGCGAGCUCGCCUCCGAACCCCUGCUGAGGGUCGUGAUGGGCGAAAAGGGAGCCGACGCGGACACGCCGCGCGCCAUCGCCGUGCACCCCGCCGGCGACGAGUUCGUCUGCGCCACCGCCAAAGGCUGCAGGCUGUUCAAGCUGGUCUAUGAUGACUUUUGUAUCAACCUUAUUUCAAGUGAUUCGCCGCCCCUCCAAUCAGUUGGGCCUCAGCGAUGUUUGGCAUUCAGUACUGAUGGUACUAAGUUUGCUAUUGGCGGCGAGAAUGGACAUCUCAGAAUAUUUCACUGGCCAAAUCUCAGCGUGCUUCUGGAUGAACCUAAAGCUCAUAAAUCCUUCCGGGACAUGGACAUCAGCUUGGAUUCAGCGUUUUUAGUAUCAACUUCAACUGAUGGUUCUGCAAGAAUAUGGAAGAUUGAUGAGGGAGCUCCACUCGUAAAUUUGACUAGAUCUUUGGAUGAGAGGAUUGAGUGUUGCCGCUUUUCUAGGGAUGGAAAGAAACCUUUUCUGUUUUGCACACUUGUAAAAGGAAAUGAUAUCGUGACUAUGGUUUUGAACAUAAGUAACUGGAAGAGAAUUGGAUACAAAAGACUCCUGCGAAAGCCCAUUUCCACACUUUCAGUUAGCUUGGAUGGGAAGUAUCUCGCACUAGGAAGCCGUGAUGGAGACUGUUGUGUUGCCGAUGUACAGAAGAUGCAAGUUUCUCACUUGAUGAAGAAGGUCCAUCUUGGCUCCCCAAUUUCCUCCAUUGAAUUUUGCCCUACUGAAAGGAUUGUGAUAUCCACCUCGCACCAAUGGGGAGCAGAGAUUACGAAGCUCAACGUCCCUGCUGACUGGAGAGUUUGGCAAAUUUGGCUGGUAUUCUUGAGCCUCUUCGUGACAUCGGCAAUACUGUUCUACACGUUCUUCAAGCACACAAACCUGGUGUAA